AUGGCAUUUCCUGCACAAGGUGGGGUUCAGACCCAGGUUUGACUCAUGCAGUCUCCUUAAACUUGUUAAACUCAGGGCUUGGGGAAAAUUAACGAGUUUACUGGGGCGGCCUCUCAACUUUUUUGUGUGCUUUCUGUGGAAUCCGAGGAGUUGGGGUGAGUGAUGGGAUGUGGCUGGUGAUGGUGUAAUUGAAUGGAAACUGCCCCCUGGAAACGGUUUACCCCCAAGUGCAUCGAGGCUGCAGAUUUAUCCAAUAAGCUGUAAGCCUCUCCAAGAAAGGUUACGACAACAGACCUGGCCACCCCUAGCAAAAAUGUGUCACCGGGAGGAAAAAAGUGUGAAGCCACAGCUUUUGACCAAAUGGAUUUAUUUGAACAUGAACGAGCUGGAAACCCACAACACAGAGCCAUUCAAGUUGCUAUUAAGCCCGGAUCAAAUUAGCUUAGAGCAUCCUGAGACCAGGUUGACUCUCUUGAAACUCAAUAUGGGUUAGGGUUCCCUAGUGACCCAGCCGCCACGCCAGCCCCCAUCAAACCUUCUGUGAACCACCCUGCAAUUGGCCCCAAUGUCCCCUAGUUCCUGGAACUUCUCCGCUUGAUGGAGUUCAUAGAAACUGGAGAUCUAGAUGUUCUAUCCUUUGUUAACAGUAUUAACCUGCGUGAUCAAGAGGGGUCCUUGCCACCCACACCACACUGCACCACCGUCACCGCUAUCCUGCUGUUCUGCUCCUCGCUGACUCUCACCACCCUGUAUCCUCCAAUAAAUCAAUAGUGCAGGCCAGCUGGGCAAUGUUUUCACAAAUUAGCCAGAGGAGAUGGACAGUAAUGUGGCCGGCGUAGAUUAGCCAAACAGAUUAAUAUGCUAGGAGGUCACCAUGAUCCCCUGCUCUUCUUGUAAGUGAUGGCUUUCUGUGUAGUGAGUCACACCAGGUGCUACACUGUCUACUGGCUAGUGUGACAUUUUACAUUUACGUCAUUUAGCAGACGCUCUUAUCCAGAGCGACUUACAGUUAGUGAGUACAUAAAUGUUUUCAUACUGGUCCCCCGUGGGAAUCAAACCCACAACCCUGGCGUUGCAAGCACCAUGCUCUACCAACUGAGCUACACGGGACUACAGAGGAUUUGGUAGCGUGGGCAGGACAGGCAGGACACUGCUUGGGGCCAACCGGCAGAGAUAUGUCACACUGGUCGGAGUGGAGAGGAGUGUGCGGAAUAGAAUUUCUAGAAGAAAAAAAAAGUUGAAGAAAAAGUUCUACCCAAUGACAUCAUCAAAAGUUUAAACAUUUUUAAAACAGUGAUUUUCAAACACUAUGAGAUUCGCGGUGACAAGAAUACCCUCCCAUCGGCUAGAAACUCAUUGCAGGUUUUUUACUUUUAAUCCUGUGAUGCCACAGAGAAGCAUUGUUUACGACCUUUUCUCUUAUGUUUUUAACCACAGAUCAUAGAAAUGCGCUGUUUUCACAUUUGUAGACACUGGUUUGGUACUGGAGAUGAUGAAUAUGAGGUUGAAAAGUGGCGGAAUUGCCCUUUGAGAGAGAAAAAAUACUCUCUGAAAUCUGUAAGUUAAUGCUUUAUCAUGAAGGCAAUAGAAUAAAGUGCUCCACCAUUCCAGCUACUCAAAACCAUUGUCAUUUUUUCUUCUCCGGCAUGAUGUUUGCCUACAAUCCGACCCCCUUAAGGGGCUUCCCUGUCCAAAACUUGUAUUUUAAUUUUUAAUUGAGUGCAAAGCAGUGGGCUAUCGCUUCUUCCCCACCCCCACCCCCGGUAGCACUGUCCACAAUUUAUAUGGAUCCAUCAGUUUUCUGGGAAAAGCGUAAUCUACUGUUAAUCAAUACAGGAUAGUGUAUCAUCCUAUCACCCACUGCCGUACCAUGGCUCAACUAACAGGAUUGGACCGAUGUCAGGAAGUAGUUUCUCCCUGCGUUUCAGCUGCUUGCAGAAUUGUGCCAGAUCAUGUCAUGGAGGGAUUUUCCUGUUGUGUGUGUGUGUUUUAUGUGUGUGUGUGUCUCUGUGUACAUGUCUGUGUGUGUCACGUAUUUUGUUUUAUACUAAACGUGCUCGACAUAUUAACACUUACCAUGUAUCCCUAACAGGCUCAUGUCUGUUCUGUUGUUGUUUUUUUGUCAUUUUUUCGUCCUCCCCCCUGAACAUUAUACCACAAAGCAGGCUCAAUUAGUUAGCCAGCUAAAUAUUCUGAAAUAACUUCAUUUUUUUUGGAAAGAUAAGCUUGAAAUAGGCAUGGUCUAAUUGACCCAACAAAUAAAAACACAUAUCUAAGUUUAGCAUUCUUAAUCAGCCAGAAUUUAUUUUAAUUGUUUAUUUUAAUUUUUUAUCAAAGUUAGCUGGCUAACUCAUUGAUUCUGCUUUGUAGUAUACCCGUCAGGUCUUUUUAUUUUAUUUAACCUUUAUUUAACUAGGCAAGUCAGUUAAGAACAAAUUCUUAUUUACAAUGAUGGUCUACCCCGGCCAAACCCGGACGACGCUGGGACAAUUGUGUUUCACCCUAUGGGACUCCCAAUCACGUUCGGAUUGUGAUACAGCCUGGAAUCAAACCAGGGUCUGUAGUGACGCCAGGGUCUGUAGUGAUGCCUGUAGUGGCGCCACGCGGGAGUCUUACCUCUCCUACCCCCCUCCGAGACACAAUUAGACCCCCGCCCCCCCGCCGCCCCCCACUCUGUUUACCCAGUUGAGACUGGAUUGCAUUACUCUUUGAAACGUAAACACAGGGCCGUAAUCAGUUUGUCUAUUUUUCAAAUGUGCAGCCGUGCGGUCAAGCAAGGCCGGCCUGACUGGGGGGUUUUCUAUAAAUGUGAGGCAGAGCUGUGGUCUCCCCCCAGCCUCCCCAGCAUUAGAGAACAUUUCCGAUGUUUGUCUAUUAGUCUGCAUGCAUGUGCUCCCCAAAGGUUUCCUGUUGUGUUUGCAGAUGAUCUGGUUCCCAUUGACUGAGGUGCGGACUGUGGAGGAGUCUCUCUCUCUCUCUCUCUCUCUCUCUCUUUUUCUUUAUUUCGCUGUGUCUCCCCUCUUUCUAUUGUUCAGCCAACAUUUAGCCACAUGGUUGGUGGGGGAUCUCAUCAUCUCAAGAAAUGCAAUCACUUUCUUCCCCAUUUAUUUUCCCUAACCUUGCCUGUCUCUCUCAGGAAAGUCAUUAUAUGCCGGCUGUGGAUUGCAGUGUUGGCUAGGCUGAGUGGGCUCCCCCCUAAUAGGCGGUCAUUCAGCAGGCUCAUUUAGAGGGGGUAGUGUUGGAGGGUAAAUAAGGGGAAAGACCUGACUGACUGACUGCAGGAGGCCUGUUGAUCCUAUCGGCUAGCAGAGGGGCCCUCGCUGGAGGGUGGGAGGCUACAUUACUAGCCUUUUUAUUUAUUUAUUUAUGUACUUUUUACAAUUAUUAUUAUUUUAUGAUGUAAAGCACUUUGUUACUUGUAUUGAAAACUGCUAUACAAAUAAAGUUAUUAUUAAUACAAAUAAAGUUAUUAUUUGAAUACACACUCUCCUUUCUCUGUUUCUCUCUCCAUCUCCUCUCCUUUUCUCUCUUCCUCUCUGCUCCUCUCUUUCUGUCUGCCUCUCUCUUGCUGCAUGGUCUGUCUUGCUGCUGCACGGUCCAGAGCUGGAUACACAGCACUGAGUGAGUGAGGGCUGGGAAAGUCAGUUCCCUUGAAGGACUGUCUGGGCUUUUAGAGCUAAAGAUGCAACCACUGUUUCGGGGGAUGCCAACAUCGGCUUCGGGAGGCAUUCCACUCUCAGUGUCUGUCUCUAUAUGGCCAGAGCUUUUCAGAAGAACUGCUCGGGCUGCCUUAAUUUCAUCUCAAUCGCCAUCUCAAAUACUGAACCAGGGAGGUUUUCCAAUGCCUCGCAAAGAAGGGCACCUAUUGGUAGAAAAAAUACAUACAUUGAAUAUCCCUUUGAGCAUGGUGAAGUUAUUAAUUUCACUUUAGAUGGUGUAUCAAUACACCCAGUCACUACAAAGAAACAGACAUCCUUCCUAACUCAGUUGCCGGAGAGGAAGGUGACUUUAAAACAGUUACAGAGUUUAUUGGCUGUGAUAGGAGAAAACUGAGGAUGGAUCAACAACAUUUCAGUUACUCCACAAUACUAACCUAGUUGACAGAGUAUAAAGAAGGAAGCCUGUACAGAAUAUAAAUAUUUCAAAACAUGCAUCCUGCUUGCAACAAUAAACUAAAGCAAUAUUGCAAAAAAAUUCGCUACGUAAUUAACUUUUUGUUUUGUUAUGUUUGGGGCUAAUCCAAGACAACACAUCACUGAAUACCACUGUUCAUAUUUUCAAGCAUGGUUGUGGCUUGAAUAUAUAUUUUUUGAAUAAUGGCCAAAUAUUGUACAUUACAGGUGUGCCAAGCUUUUCUGCCGUGUUCACAUUAGCAGUUUGAAGUGAUUGAAAUCAUAUUUAUUUGUAGCUCAAUUGGUAGAGCAUGGCGCUUGUAACGCCAGGGUAGUGGGUUUGAUCCCCGGGACCACUCAUACUUAAAAUGUAUGCACACAUGACUGUAAGUCGCUUUGGAUAAAAGUGUCUGCUAAAUGGCAUAUUAUUAUUAUUAUAUCCGAUUCAAAUUAGUUAUUUUUCCUGCAGUCUGAAAAGACAAAAAGCACAUUGAAUCUGAAAUGUCAAGCUACAUUUCAAAUCACCUUCGAGGGUGGUUUUAAGUCUGAUACAAAGCUGAUUCUUGGCCAUGUGACUUGUGUCUGAAUGGUCAAAUCUGAUUUAUUUGCCCACAAGUUGUUUUUAGACUGUUAUUUGGCAUAUCUUGUUACUUCCUACUCUGUUGACAGUUUGACAAGAACAUGUGGUAGCUAACUAGCUAGUUAAGUGUUACAAAUAAAUUAGUGAAUGCGCUUUAAAGCUAAAAAGCUACCUAGCUAGCUAGUUGACAGUUGUGGCUAUCCAAAAAUUAUAUAUUUGAAAGUUGGAUCAUCUUAUCCUUUGAGGCUUUAAAGGUGUUCUUACACUGUGAUUUUGACAAUUCAAAGCAACUGGGAAACGUCCAUGGCAGGCAUUGUUGUCACCUUAGCUUGCUACAUAACUUCUGAGUGAUAGGAAGCACGAUCACCACCAAUCAGCCUACACCACUGCACACACACUCGUCAUUACUUUGACAACUAGCUUAGCCAUAUCAGCAAAUGACUACUAUCUGAACACACACAAAUCCGAUUUGGUCACUUGUAACUUGCUGUUUGGCAUUUGGUAUUUUAUUAGGAUCCCCAUUAGCUGUUGCGAAAGCAACAGCUACUCUUCCUAGGGUCCACACAAAACAUGAAACAUGACAUAAUACAGAACAUUAAUAGACAAUAACAGAACUACAAGGACAGAACUACAUCAUGUUUGGACAGUCAGUAGUCCAAAACGAAUUUGAAAAACGAAACUGAUUUGAGCAUAAGGCCUGCAGUGUGAACAAGGCUUUAGAGACUUACCCAGAAAUAAUCACAGUAAUAACUGCCAAAGGUCAUUCUAACAUGUAUUGACUCAGAGGGUUGAAUACUUAUCUAAUCAAGAUACUGUAUCUUAGUGUUUUAUUUUCCAUAAAAACAUUUACAAUGUUAGAAUUUUUCUCCCACUUUUUCUUCUAUAUUUUGUGUAGAUCAUUGACAAAAAAAUGACAAUUGAAUCCAUUUUAAUCCCACUUUGUAACACAACAAAAUGUGGAAAAAGUAAGGGGUGUGAAUACUUUCUGAAGGCACUGUAUGAAGCCGAACAAUUUGUAAUUUUUUAAGUGUUUUUCAUGGUUGCAAAUCCGAGGGACACAAAUGCCACCGCAAUUCAAAAAUGACCGCGUGUGCUUGCGUGCGUGUGUGCUGCAUGCAUCCUUUUUUUGUGUGCAUGUGUAUGUAUGGGGCCAUGCUUGCAUGUGUGCCUGUACUGUAUGGUUUUUUGUUUGUGGUGGUGGGUUGAUAGAGGGUGGUGGGGGUUAGGGGCAUACAGAAGACAUCGGACAAUCCCUUUAAGACACAUUCGGUGUCCUCUCCUCUGGAUGACUGACUGAUUGUUAUAGAUUAUUGGGAGGCUUCCUUUGGCUUAGUUGGCUUUAUCAUUGGAGGGGCCUGUUGCUCAGCGAUAAUGUUUCUGGAUGUUUUCUGGUUUCUCUGUGCAGGUGUUUGAUGACCGCGAUUAAGCAGCACUGUCAACCAAUUGCUUACAUAAAUAACUAAGUGCUCCAUUGAUUGGCCGGUGUGACGGGGAGCCAAAGUGCCUGCGAACUCCCCUGAACUCUCUUUUCGACAUGCCCGUGGCUCGGCAAAGCACUGACGUCACCUUAUUUGAUCAAUUUAACGGUAAUAUUGGCAUUUGGUUGGCCUGAUGACACAGCACAAUUUAGUGAUACACACUCAUGAUCUUGGCGGUGAUUCAGUUGAAUGAGAUUGAUGAAAUCCAUAUAUUUUUGGCCUUUUGACCUCUUAGAGACAUUAUAUUCUUUAUCUGUUUAACUUACUAACUCUCUCGCUCUCUCUCGUCCCCCUUUUUUCUUCUCUCUCUCUCUCUCUCUCUCUCUCUCUCUCUCUCUAUCCCACUCACUCACACACACACACACACACACACACUCACACACACACACACACACACACACACACACACACACACACACACACACACACACACACACACACACACACACACACACACACACACACACACACUGACCUUUAUGUGUCACCAUUCCCAAUUAAACAAGACAGGAACAUGACAUGUUCUCCAAGGCUACUCACUCAUGUAUCAUCAGACCCUCACACCGCGACUCUUCGGGUGGCGGAGGUGACAAAACUUGUGAGCCCCCCGUGUGUGACUGUGUGACGAUUCCGGGGCGGACAUCGUGGGGGGUGGGGAUGGGGACACGUACAGGGGUAACAACAGACAUCUUGGAGCCUGGAUAACUCAGAGCGUCACAGAAGGUCAAUGUACGGAAGAUAAUUGCAUUUUUCUCACCUGUUACCUUUCACAGACCUUCAAGAGCGCCACAAUGAGCUCAUACUGGUGUGCAGGCAAGGGAGAUGUCAUCGACAACUGGUGUCGCUGUGACCUGAGUGCCUUCAGCAAAGACGGCCUUCCCAACUGCAGUCCCCUGAGGCAGCCUGUGUAAGUCAGAGCCUACCUCCCAUCUAUCCAACCCUAGGGAGAACUGUUGGAGUUGUAACAACCAUCCCUAGGGCUGGGACCAACCAUUAAUUGCUGUAGGUCAGUCCAAACACCCCGGUGCUUACUCCCAAGAAAUAACACUGUGUCUUGUUCUCUUACCCCAGCUCUGUUUUGAAUCAUCAUACACCCCAGCUAUUGUAACCCUCAGAACUUUUGGAGAGAGAUACAAGGCAUUGAAUGAACAAUGGCUCUCCGGUGGGUUUCCAUGUUAAAUUGAAUGGACCUACUUGCUUGUUUGAUUUGUCGAAUGGAUGCAUUGAUGAUUCCAACUUGCUCCCUAUAUCUGGUCUAAACAUUUUAUUAACAGACUCAUAGGGCUGCUUUCCCCGACACAGAGUAAGCCUAGUCCUGGACUAAAAAACACUUUUAACUGAGAUUCUCUAUUGAUCAAACUUUUAGUCCAGGAGUAAGCUUAAUGUUCCCGGGAAACUAGUCCUCAGUGCCAGUUGACUUCUCAUAUUGUUAUUGUAUUAAAGUGGCCCACCUCCUUCCUCUCUCUGUCUGUGUCAGGCUCAGACUGGCCCCUCACCUGGAACCCUCCAGCACCAUGGUGGCCCUGGAGUGGCUGGAUGUGGAGCCCCUGAUUGGCUACAAGCUGUCUGACUACAUCAUCCAGCAUAAACGGGUGGAGGACCCCUCGGAGGCAGAGAUCUACACAGGUUACCUACCUGUAUAUUUCACUUUGGUCCAACCUACAUCAGUUAUUGACAAUUGUUUAUCCUAUGACAAAGCCAGAGGGACAUUAAUGAGCUUAUUUACUAGUGACGAGCCACAUUAUCUAACUGGUUGCUCUGCUGAUCUGCGGAGGCCUGCCCUUUGUGAGUAUCUCACAGACAAGGUUAGACACUCGGUGGGUGAACCAGAGGGAAGAACGGGGGAAAAAGGAGGUGGGUGGUGUGUGGGAGGAGGAAGAGGGGGAAGACAGGAGAGGAUGAGAGGAUGAGGUUAGGCUAUGUGACAGGGGCCUUAAUUAGCACUGAACCCUAAGUGUGUAAGUCUGGCGUAGUGAGUCAGAGCUUUGGGUGAUAGGGAUUUAAUAAAGGAGAAGAGAUGAGGUACGUUGGUGGAAAUAGCCAGCUUUAGUCAUCGGCCACGUGGACAGGCGAUCAUUCACACCUGGGAGGAGGAGAGGACGAGAGCUGAUGAGCCGGGCCCAGAAGCCGGAGUGGGCACAGAUAGGCAUCCUGGCAGGGGUGUGGCAGGAACAGGGCAGAUGGCGUUUGUGUGACUCACCUCUGCGUCAGAGCAGUCCAGGAUACAGAUGAGAAUGUGAACAAUGUCUUUCUCUCUAUUUAUCUCUACCUUCUAUCUCAAUUUCUCUCUCGUUCUCUUUUUUCUGAGUUUACAGUGUGUCUCUUUCACUGUUAUUGUCUCUCAUCUCUCUCUUGUUCUCUCUCUCUCUCUAACUCUCUCUUUCUCUCUCUCUCUCUCUCUCUCUCUCUCUUGUUCUCUCUCUCUCUCUCCCCCUCUCUCUCUCUCUCUCUCUCCCUCCUCUCUCUCUCUCUCCUCUCUCUCUCUCUCUCCUCUCUCUCUCUCUCUCUUCCCCCCCUCUCUCUCUCUCUCUCUCUCUCUCUCUCUCUCUCUCUCUCUAACUCUUUCUCAAACUCUCUACAAAUUCCUCCAGAAAGCCAAGAAAAGUUGGAAUAAUGGGGACUUGUUAAAAUUAGGAAUUAUUCUCUCCAAGACUUGGGAAGAGGAGACUGUCUGCCCGGCCAGUGAUACACUGUAACCUGAAUAGGGGAAAGACAACAAGUGUCAGCAAGUUCAGAUGGCUACGCAAACCCGGACAAGUAUUGUUUUUUCACAAUGUCCAAUUCCAUCCAUGGAAAUUAAUAUCCUCUAUACCCAUGGCGAAUCGUUUGGUUUCAAGACCUUGCAUUGAAGUCCUUUCUAGGGGAAGAAACAGAACCGGGAUAGAUAUAAAGAGCCCCAGUCCCUGGUCACCUGGAGGCUUUAAACAACAGAUGAGACUUCCACAGAGAAGCACAUGACGAUCAAAAGCAGACCGCUCCAAUCUGGGCCACACCCCAGCUUUCAUACACCUGCCAAGUGAAUUGAGUGCUCUUCAAAACUGGAGUCAGUUUAAUACCUCAUAUAUCUGAAGUUUUGUAGCAGGUAUGCGACCCUCCAAUAGUUAAAUCCAUUGGAAACUAAAUGGCUUUUGCAUUAAAAAAGAUACCUACAGCGGCAAGAUAUGAAAGUCCAUGGGCUUCAGGCGGUAACGGGUUGGUCAGGUGAAGCAACAUCCACAUCAGGUUGUUUGAUACAGAUAAAAUCAGUAAUGUCAAAACUAUUCGUUGGGCUUGGAAAUACUUUGGAGUUAUUGAGGAGGUAUUGAGGUAGGAUUGGAUGGAUUGCACUUUGGGUUAAAAACUCUAAAAGGCAAUGAUCUUCUAGUCUUCACCUGACCAUCACCUUGGGAGUUUUGGGGUUUUAUACAUUAUCCUCAGCAUAACCUCCUACAACUCCCUACUUUGUAUGAUCCUAUUCCCAUGUUCCCUGUUGACAUAUACUCCCAUAUCUUCUGCUGUACUACUCGAUCCUUUUAUACGUCUCAUCUUGUUCUUUGGGAGGCUUAGUGAGAGCAAGGUGUAACACCACCCUGAUCUGAUCUCACAUCUGCACGAACCAUCAACAACUAUCUCCCUUUUCAAUCCUCAAUCCUCAAAUCUGUCUUCAGAUCAGUGGGGAGAUCGGUUAGUAAAAUCGAACCGGAGCGAAAACCUACUCUCCCCGGCGAGGUCAAGAGCAGCAGCAGCGAUGGACUGAGAUGGACUGACUCUCUUUGAUAUGCUUGGACAGUGGCCUAGUCGGCCGAGUCCUCAGUACAUAAACACUACCGUUUAUACACCCGUGAUCCGCCUGAUCUACGAUCCCCCUCCUGGCAGACCAUCAGUCAGCCUUGGGUCUCCACAGCCUCAGAGCCUGAAGAGGAGCCUCAGAGCCCCCUAUCCUUUGAGCGGCAAUAA